AUGAAAGACAACAGCAUUCCUCUUUAUGCAUCGCCCCAGCUGGGCCAAAAAGUCACUGACUACGCAGAGCAACACUCGACCUCGUUACCCAAGUACAUAAGUGACUACCACGCGAAUAUCUCUGCCAACAGGGAGGAUUCUUACUAUAUGAGCUCUGUUUUUCAGUCUCAAUAUAAUACCUUUCUUGCAAAAUCUAUUCGUGCUACAAGGGUUCUAGAAAUCGGUGUCUAUGUUGGCUUCUCUGCCCUCGUAUGGGCUGACGCUGUGGGACCGAGUGGACUUGUGACUGGCUUGGAGUUCGAGCCUGAGUACGCUGAAUUAUCCAAGAAGGCUUUCGCAGCAAAUGGAGUCGAUAAUGUUGAGAUCAUCGUCGGCCCUGCUUCUGAGUCUUUACCCAAACUCAACCCCACGGAGCCCUAUGAUCUUGUUUUCAUCGACGCAGACAAGACUGGUUAUCCGGGAUACUUGAAGCAACUUCUCGAGUUGUCGGAGCCUGGUAGCUCGAGCAGAAUCCUUCGGCCAGGCGCUCUCAUCGUCUCGGAUAAUGUGCUGCGCCGAGGGUUGGUUGCAGACGACAAAGCGCUGGGUGACGACGAGCUCAAAGGCGAUCAAUUGAAGAACGUUUCAGCUGUGAGACAGUUCAAUGAUUUGGCGCUGCAAAGCCCACGACUUGAGACCUUUCUUCUGCCGUUGUGGGAUGGCGUCAACGUUUCCCGCCUUCUUGAUUAG